GCGACGGCCGGCCUGCCCGUCCGCCUUCCAGGACGGCAGGAUUGUAUGGCAUUGCCUGUAUCGCGGGGUUAAAGUCCGAAACAGCCCGGCUUCUUGGCUUGACGGAUCGCCUUUUUUUUUCUCCCCUCGCCUCGUUUUUGUAACUCGCCGUUUUAGAGGCAGCGUAUACAGGUAAAACCCGGGAGGCACGCACGGGGCAAGGAUCUCGGUUGCCCUGCCCCCUCCGCUCCGCUUUUUUUCCCGCCUUCCUGUUCGCUCGUCGGCCUUGAACGCGUGCUAAGAAGGAGUAGGGGCGUCCGGCCCUUUUUCUCGCCGCCGCCAGCGCCAUGUUGAAACAACCCCUGCCGCCGCGCUCCCCUCAACCUGCUGCGCCUUCCUCUGGCCCCUCUCCUCCGACGCCGCCUACGGUCGCUACUGCCGCCGCCGCCGCCUGCAAAGCCAACCCACCCCUGGCCAACCCCAACGAGAACUUCAGCACCGGGGCCGCGAGCGGACCGAGAGCCACAAUGGUGGCUUCCCCGGUCAGCGGAGGAGGAGCCCCCCCUGGAGGAUGCGGCACCAGGGGCCAGAGUACAGGCAAAGGACCUCCACAAUCUCCUGUUUUUGAGGGUGUUUAUAACAAUUCCCGAAUGCUGCACUUUCUAACAGCAGUUGUGGGAUCAACAUGUGAUGUGAAAGUGAAAAGUGGAAGCACAUUUGAAGGAAUUUUUAAGACCCUGAGUUCUAAGUUUGAGCUGGCUGUGGAUGCUGUGCACAAGAAGGUGCCCGAUCAGCCAGUAGGGCCAAGGAGGGAAGAUAUUGUAGACACUAUGGUUUUCAAGCCUGCUGAUGUCAUGUUAGUGCACUUCCGCAAUGUUGAUUUUAACUACGCCACCAAAGAUAAGUUCACAGAUUCUGCCAUUGCCAUGAAUUCUAAAGUGAACGGGGAACACAAAGAGAAAGUACUACAACGCUGGGAAGGGGGAGAUAGCAACAGUGAUGAUUAUGACUUAGAAUCAGAUAUGUCUAAUGGCUGGGACCCAAAUGAGAUGUUCAAAUUCAACGAGGAAAAUUAUGGUGUGAAGACAACGUAUGAUAGCAGUCUUUCAUCAUAUACAGUCCCUCUUGAAAAAGAUAACACAGAGGCUUUUCGGCAGCGAGAGGCCAGAGCUGCACAGCUGGCACGAGAAAUUGAGUCAAGCCCACAGUAUAGACUGCGUAUUGCGAUGGAAAAUGAUGAUGGGCGCACAGAAGAAGAGAAGCACAGUUCAGUACAAAGACAAGUGUCUGGAAGAGACAGCCCUAGUUUGGCUUCCAGGUAA